AAGUCAACAAAUGCACGUGUUUUCAGCAGUUUGCAUAUUUGUUAUAGCCGGCGCAUAACAAACAUCCUUACGGCUUCAGGAAACGGAAUAAAACGACUCGAUGGGUCUAACAAAACAAUAUCUGGCGUACAAGCCAGUCUCGAGCUUCAACAUCAUCGCUAGUGCACGCGCAAAUAUCUCUUUCGUGACAAUCAGCAAUGCCACCGGUCGGUACGUCGUGGUGGCUGCGGCGGAGAAGGUGCUUGUGUGGGAUCUAAGAAUCGGCGAAAAGGUGGCGGAAUUCUGUCGUGACAAACAGGAGGUUACAUUCCUACGCACCAGCCCGGAUCAGAAGCAUCUUGCGGUGGGUUACUCUGAUGGACUAGUGGAGCUGUUCAGCGUCGAAACCAAGCAGUCGGUGUGCAGUUUUGCAUCGCAUCGUUCUGCCGUCAGUGCGUUGAAUUUUGACCUGCUUGGCCUAAAACUAGUAUCCGGCGGUCUUGACAACGAUCUGGUCGUGUCGGAUGUGGUGGAACAGUCGGGAAGAUGCCGUCUCACCGGACAUACGGCCCCGAUAACGCAGUGCUGCUUCAUGCAACGCUUCCAGGAUGUAGUUGUGUCCAGCUCCAAAGACACACAGAUCAAGUUCUGGAACAUAGAAACGCAGUGCUGCUUUAAAACCAUCGUUGACCACCGUACUGAGGUGUGGGGUAUCGUGUUGAUGCGGAACGAUGACUUUCUUGUUUGUGGUACAGCUGAUACGCAACUUUCCGUGUACAAAAUCACCCCGAUCACGGAUGCCACCGUACCGGUUGUAGUUGCAUCGGAGCAGCCUGAAAGCGAAAGCACCGUCAGUCCGUUUCGUUGUACCGCGGCGGGCAGUAUUCAAAGGGCUGGACACGGACGCACGAUUAACCUUGUGGCUGACGCCAACGGGCAGGUGCUCGGAUGCCACGGUACCGAUAGACAGAUUGAGUUGUUUCUCUUCUGUUCGCCGGAGGAAUCGAUGAAGAAGCUUACCAAGCGCAUGAAAAAGCUGGACACAAACAAACAAAGUGCAGAAGAGUCGGCCAGCCGGCAGCUUGCUCUGACCGACGAAAUUAAGCGUCUUACAUCGAUACCCACACCAGAGAAAGUGAAAUCGUUCGAUUUACUGCUGGGCAGUCGGAACGAGCUGCGCAUCUGCUGCACGUUUGUGAAAAACUUUGUCCAACUGUUCUCCCUCGACUUGAACGUGAAGAAAGAUGCCGAGCCAGAAACGCUGUACGCGUUGCAAAAGCAAGGACAUCCUUCUGAAGCGCGCACUGUCGCAUUCAGCUCGGACAAUUUGGCGAUCGCAUCGGGCAGUGCGGAGUCGUUGAAGCUGUGGAGCCGCGCUUCCCAGACCGUUCUGCGCACCGUCGAUACGGGCGGUUAUGUUGUCAGCACGUGCUUCGUUCCAGGCGAUCGCCACGUACUCGUAGGUUUAAAAACGGGCCAACUGCUCGUCGUGGACGUGGUGCCGGGCGAGGUGAUAGAGUGCAUCGAGGCGCACGAGAAGGAACUGUGGAGCAUUGUACUGACCCCCGACAAGCAUGGAUGCGUUAGCGGCGGUGGAGAUACGACCGUAAAGUUUUGGUCCUUUGAACUGAUCGCUGCAAGCGGUGGCCAGGACGCGGCAAAGGUGCUCUCGCUGUUGCACAAAAACACUCUCAAGCUGGAGGAAACGGUGUUGAGUGUGAGGAUUUCACAGAAUGGCAAGUACAUAGCGGUCGCCCUGCUUGAUACGACGGUGAAAAUAUUCUUCAUGGACAGUCUCAAGUUUUAUCUUUCUCUGUACGGCCAUAAGCUGCCCGUAGUAACGAUGGACAUCUCGUACGAUUCGACUCUCAUCAUAACGGGGUCGGCCGAUCGUACGAUAAAGAUUUGGGGCAUGGACUUUGGCGAUUGCCAUCGCUCGCUGCUUGCGCAUGAUAACACCGUGACGGCGGUUCAGUUCAUCCCGAACACGCACAUGUUCUUCUCUUGCGCCAAGGACGGCAAACUGAAGCAGUGGGAUGCGGACAGCUUUCAGAAGAUUAUCACGUUGCCCGGCCAUUUGGGAGAAGCGCACGCGCUUGCGAUUAGCCCCAAUGGGAAGUACGUCGUUAGUUGCGGUUCAGACCGUACUCUACGGCUGUUCCAUCGCACCGAGGAACCGCUUGUUCUGCAGGACGUGCAAGAGGAAGAGCGAGAGGAGCUAGAGAAUGCUACGCUGGCCACAGGAGAAGAAUCGACCGUACCCGGUUUGCCCGGUCUGAAACUGCCGUCGAAGAAAACAAUCGGAUCGGAGAAGGGAGCAGAAAACAUUCUCGAGUGUCUCGAGGUAAGCAAACAGUACGAAGAGGAAGGCGGAAAAGGACCGCUGCCUCCGCUAAUGUUUGCUUACUCGGCCACCAACACGGACGAUUUCCUGCUGACCGUACUGUCGCGCAUUCGGGCAAGUGAUCUGGAAGAAUCGCUCCUUCUACUGCCGUUCAAUGCGGUGUGUGAACUGCUCGAAAGGGUUCCGAAGCUGACCACCGAACGGAAGGAUCAAACGGAGCUGAUCUGUAAGGUGGUACUGUUCCUGUUCCGGGUGCACCAGAAGCCGAUCGUUAACAAUCAGGUGCUGCUACCGGUGAUUCAAAAGAUUGUCCAAACAUUGCAAGCGGCGGUCGGAGAACUGCGGGACAUGGUGGGGACCAAUUUCCACGCGGCACAGAUGCUGCAGCGUGAGCUGGAAGAAAAUGACGGGUGCGUACUGUUCCGCGAUGCAACCAAGCAGCGCAUCCAGCGGGAUCGCCGGCGGAAGAGGCGCGAAGCUUCCAAGCGAAAGUUGCUGCAGAUAGUUAAGUAACAGGUCAAUCAACUAGUCUAGAGUGUCCCCGUUUAUAGCGAAGAUUAAAAUGCCUCCCAUUGUUCGAUAAUUAUCUCCACAAAAGCGUA